UUUUGUAUUGCUUGCUACUGCUGGCUACACGAAUGAACUGAAACUGACUAAUCGCACUAGCAUAUUAAUUAUUAAUGCUGCUGCUAGUCCUGCUAUAUUGAUCUUGAUCUUCUUCCUGAAACUGGGCUCUCUUACUUAACACGGCUUCAAAUUGAAUCAUGGCAGCAGAAUAUACAGGCAAAAGGAAUUACAAUACCCAACUACUGGAUGAACUCGAAGCACUCAGCCACUCCCUGUACCAUUCCCACACUUCUACUUCCACAACCCGGAGGACCGCCUCUCUUGCUCUUCCCAGAACCUCCGUUCCUCCAAUCUCCUCUGCUGCUGCUGACAACAGCUCAAAUAAUGACGACAACAAACAACAACUCAAUCCAAAGCCUCGAUCCAGGCGCAUGUCCCUGUCUCCCUGGCGCUCUCGCCCCAAGCUUAAUGAUUCCGCCGAGGAAGACCAGCACAAAGGCAGGAGCAUCCCUAACAAGGACCGUUUCAGCAGGUUGGAGGACCAAGAAAAGGCAGCUGAUACUUCUGACAAGAAAGGCCUCUGGAGUUGGAAGCCGAUUCGAGCCCUCUCCCAUAUCGGCAUGCAGAAGCUGAGCUGUUUGUUCUCUGUCGAAGUUGUCGCAGUUCAAGGCCUUCCGGCCUCCAUGAACGGCCUUCGCCUGUCUGUUUCUGUUAGGAAGAAAGAAACCAAGGACGGAGCGGUGCAGACCAUGCCGUCGAGAGUUCAGCAGGGCGCCGCUGAUUUCGAAGAGACCUUGUUCAUCCGGUGUCAUGUUUAUUUCACCCCUGGAAGUGGAACCCACGUGAAAUUCGAGCCUCGUCCUUUCGUCAUAUACGUCUUUGCAGUUGACGCCGGAGAGCUUGAUUUUGGGAGAAGUUCUGUGGACUUGAGUCACCUCAUUCAGGACUCCAUCGAGAAGAGCUUCCAAGGUACGCGGGUUAAGCAAUGGGACACGAGUUUUAAUCUUUCAGGAAAGGCCAAGGGUGGAGAACUUGUUCUGAAAUUGGGUUUUCAGAUUAUGGAGAAAGAUGGUGGUAUUGGGAUCUAUACUCAAGCUGAGGGACAAAAAUCAGGAAAAAACAAGAACUCCUCAUCUUCGAUUGCCCGCAAACAGUCCAAGUCGUCCUUCAGCGUCCCUAGUCCCAAGUUGUCCAGCAGAGCUGAAGCUUGGAGCCCUUCACAGACUGGAGCAAGAGCAGAUCUUCAGGAUAUCGAUGACCUGAAUCUUGACGACCCAGCUCCCGCACCCCAGGCUUCUCCACCUUCCCGCAAGUCUGGAGUUCCGGAUGCCAAGAUAGAGGAUGAUCUCCUGGAUUUUGAAGUUGUGGACAAAGGAGUUGAGUUCCAAGAAGACAAUAACGGGAACGAAGAAGAAGCACUAUCCGAAGAGAACUCUGAGAAGAGGUCAGUCUCGAGGGAGGUUGUAAAAGAAAUCGUCCACGAACAAUUCCAUCUCACAAGACUGUCUGAGCUUGAUUCGAUUGCUCAGCGGAUAAAAGCUCUUGAAUCGAUGAUGAAAGAGGAAAAGGCAGAGAAAACGGACGACGACACCGAGUCACAGAAGUUAGAUGCAGAAGAGGAAACCGUGACGAGGGAGUUUCUUCAAAUGCUGGAGGAUUCAGAAGGCAAUGAGAUAAAAAAGCUUGGCGAUCAUGAUGAAAUCCCCCAAUCGAAGUCGGAAGGGGAUGAAGACUCGGAAGGCGCUGAGUCGAAGGUCUAUAUACCAGAUCUGGGAAAGGGAUUGGGUUGCAUAGUUCAGACAAGGAACGGGGGCUACCUGGCAGCCAUGAAUCCUCUGGACACUGCAGUUGCGAGAAAGGACGCACCAAAACUGGCAAUGCAGAUGUCAAGGCCAGUGAUUGUUCCAUCUAAAGCGACGACCGGAUUUGAGUUGGUCCAGAGAAUGGCUGCUGUUGGCUUUGACGAACUUGGCUCCGGAAUUUUGUCUCUGAUGCCUAUGGAUGAACUCAAGGGUAAAACAGCAGAACAGAUUGCUUUUGAAGGCAUUGCCUCCGCAAUUAUCCAGGGGAGAAAGAAAGAAGGAGCCAGCUCAAGUGCAGCUCGCACAUUGGCAUCCGUUAAAUCCAUGGCAACUGCAUUGAGCACGGGAAGGCAGGACAGGAUUUCAACAGGAAUAUGGAAUUUGAGCGAAGAUCCGGUCGUGGUGGAUGAGAUUCUGGCAUUCUCAAUGCAGAAGCUGGAGGUCAUGGCAGUCGAAGCUCUGAAGGUUCAGGCAGAUAUAGGUGAAGAAGAAGCCCCGUUUGAGGUUUCCCCACUGAGUGCAAAGCUAACCGCUGAGGGGGGCAGCCAUCCGCUGGCUUCUGCAAUUCCGAUUGAGGACUGGAUAAGAAGAAAGGCGGUCGGAAAUGAAAAUGGUGAGUCAGGGAGCAUAACAAUCGCUGUGGUCGUCCAGCUGCGGGAUCCCCUCAGGCUAUAUGAAGCGGUUGGAGGUCCAAUGAUAGCACUAAUCCAUUCGAGUGCUUUCAAUGACGCAAAAGUAAAACCCGCAGGCAACUACGAUGAUGAGGAAAAGAUGUUCAAAGUUGGAAGCUUGCAGGUUGGGGGUUUAAAAGGCAGGAGCGGAGGGAGAAGGACUGAAUGGGACUCUGAGAAGCAGAGGCUGACGGCCAUGCAGUGGCUAGUGGCGUACGGGUUGGGAAAGGCAGCUGGGAAAAAGGGGAAGCGUCAGGCGUCCAAGGCCAAGGGACAGGACAUUCUCUGGAGCAUUUCCUCGCGAGUAAUGGCUGACAUGUGGCUCAAGGCAAUCAGGAAUCCAGAUGUCAAGUUCACCAAGUGAGAGAGAGAGAGAGAGAAGUCAUCAUGAUUCUUUCUUACUUACUAUGGACGUAUGAACUAUGAAUGAGUCGUAGUACUAUACAUUAUACAAUACAGUAUGUAUCUAUC